AUGGGAGAGAUUCAUGAUGCUCCCCGAAAAGAACCUUUUCCUCUAGAAACUCUUGAUGGUGAUCAAAAUGCCAAAAAACGGAAAAUCACUAAAUCCCAGAAGAAAGAUGGAAAACCAAAGUUCCAUUGUACCUAUUUCAUGAAAAGUAAGAAUAGAUCCUGCAAAAUGAUGAGGCGUGAACUGGAGAAAUAUUGUCCGGCGCAUAUUAUUGCAGCCACUGAAGAGCAGAAGAAUAAUAACGGAGGUGAUAGUGAGGAAUUAGGUACUGAGAGCCAGCGAAUCCCAUGUCCCUUGGAUCCUUCGCAUAGUAUCUGGGAAAGGAACUUAAAAAGUCACGUAAAAAAAUGCAACAAAACUAAGGCGAUAAAAGAGCCAGAGACUAAGUCUUGGUUCAGGAAGAACUUCAAUAGUUGCUCCUCUGAAGCACAUAAAGAAGCUAGUGAGAGCAACAACCUCGAUACCAAAUCAGAAGAUUACUACAAAUACUGGAUCCCAGUUGUAGAGAAAGCGUUUGCUAAUCUCAUUUCAAUUCUCCAAGCUCAAGAUGCUAGCUUUUCAGAGAUUUUACCACUAGAAAACAAAUCUGGUGAAGGAGAAUCUCUGUCAGUGAUAAAAUCGCGAUUCAAGGAACUUGGUAACCAAAAACACAUUAUUCAGCAGUCUUCCCUCAUUUCCCACUUAAUUGAAAAUGGAUUGUAUGGUAAUGACAAAGAUUAUAUUGAGUUUGGGUGUGGCAGGGCAGAAUUAUCAAGAUAUUUGGCCAAGGACAUUGUCUAUAGGACAUUGUGCACGCAUAAAGAUCAGUUGGAUGAUGUUAGUAUGCCGGGGUUUCUAUUGAUUGAUAGGUCUGGUAGUCGAAUGAAAAUGGACAGCAAAAUUGCUAAAGAUUAUAUGGAGGUCAGACAACUGAUAGAUUUGUCUACUUCCAACACCAAAUCUGAUGUGGCAUCCUCCGAGUUAUCUAAAUUAGCCCCAUUUGUCCUACGAUUAAAAACGGACAUUAAAGAUCUUUACCUCGAUGACGUUCUUCAAACUCCUCAAUUCCAGAAAAUUUCAAGGAAAUUUGUAGGGAUAUCAAAACACUUGUGUGGCUGUGCUACAGAUCUUACUCUUCAAUGCAUUUUGAAUGCAAAAACCUUGGAGACGCAAUUCGGCGGACUUGUCGUUGCCAUGUGCUGUCGCCAUGUUUGUGACUAUUCUAUGUUUUUACCUGAUUCAAAGAGAUUCUUGUCCCAAAUUUUCGAAUGCUCUCUGUCUAAGCUCGUUUCAAUUUUCAACGUUCUCACCAAACUCGUAUCGUGGGCCACUAAUGGACGUCGCCCUGGAAUGGCUGACGACGAUAUUAAUAAUCAUCCAUCCAAUCUAACAGUUUUGCAAAGAGAGGCAUUGGGUUUGAAGGCAAGGAGGAUCAUUGAUGAGUGUAGAGUCUUUGCGAUGAGGGAAAAGGGGUAUAAUGUGAAGAUUGCUCGAUAUGUGGAGCUGGAUAUUUCCUUGGAGAAUGUUUGCAUGAUCGUCAUUCCAAAGAAUGAAGAUAAAUAA